CAUAGCCUGUCGUGUUGAUGCAUUAUACUAGGCAAAAUACAUGUGCAGAAUUAUGAUAUUUUCCCCUCAACUGGAUACUCAUACUUCACAUGGAUGUUAUACUUGACUUUUAAAGUUCAUUAUAGGUAGACGAUCUAACAUGAACAGGACAUCGUGUACACUACGACACCAGUCAGAAGCGAGUGUACGACGGGCAAAGACUGCAGAGUUCACCCCGUCGAGUGAGUGUGUGAUGAAUGUCCCAAGCCGUGUUGACGACAUGACAGACAUGACACACAUGCAGUGCAUGUGGACUGAGUAGAAACCAUGGACAAGAAACACACCAUGAGCAAAAAUUCACAGCAGUCAAAUUUUGAAGGGGACUUGAAAGUGUUAAGGAGAUCCAAGCUCUCCAGGAACCAUGAAUACAGUGUCCUCGUCCAGGCAGUGGCAAAGUUCAACCGAGAACUCAAGUUGUCUUCAUUGCAAUGCAAGGAUCGUAGUCAACUCAGCCAGCAGUGGGAGGACCAACAAUUCUUCCGCAUCUUGGUCAGGAUGAUGCAUGAAGUCACAACAACCACAGGGAUGAAACAGAAAGAGGACUUAAAGAAAGUCUACCAGUGGUACCAAACCAACAAGAGUGUACUCCAUUCACAACCACAUUUUAAAGGAGCAUCCUCCAGAGAAAUCUACAAACGUCCUGUACUUAAAUUUGCCCCCGACGCCCUCAAGUACUACUCCACCCCUUCCGAGAAGAGGAAACACAAGAAGGUAGCCUUUCUUAGCGAUGGCAAGGCUCGAAAGAAGCAGCAGGCUGAGGAUGAACAUCUUCUUGAGGAGGUUGGGGAGGUGUCUGAGGAUGGGAGCAGAGUUUGGCAGAGGCCCGUCACUGCUCCUGCUGGGCUACACAGACCUAAGGUGACCAACAGUCUUCCCAGGAACAUCCCUGUGUCCUGUAGACCAGGGAGUGGGUAUGGCGAUGCAGGUUUCACUGCAGGGUUUGUCAACGAUCACAUAUCACCUUCAUCACCUGAUAUACACAUGAUGCAGAGACCUUCAUCAGCGCUGGGCAUCAUGAAGCAAUCUCAGGCCAAUGAUCUGGAAAGUACGAGUGGAGAUCCAGCAUUCAGUGACACCCACGAGGGCUCCCAGCUUACCUCUGCUCCAUCCAUGCAGAGCCUUGCAUCCGUCUCCGUCCAUCUUCCCCAUCAAGACACCCCACCGGACUCUGCCCGGUCUAACUCCGACACCCAGAGCCACCUCCAGUACUCUCAUUCCGAGCUGGAGAGCAAGUCUGAGUCUUCCACGAUGGGUAGAGACGGAGAGCCAGACAUGUCCGCCAUUUUGAAAUACAAGCAUCCGAUAUCCAGUCUUGUUAAUCCGGUUGCUAGGAUACAGUUUGAUGAGGAGUUGUACCAUGGUGGACAGUCACCGGACAGGAGGAGUAGAUCUCCAGUCAAGCUACAGAUGCAUAUUGAUAUACCAACUGAUAACACCAGAUCUUCUCGUCCAACGACUGCCGAGGAAGAAAAAGCGGACAAUUUGCAGAAAUGGAAGGAUUUUCAAGAGAGGCAGCAGUACGGUCAGGACGUCGCUGCUAAACAAUCUUUCUAUGGCCAUGGUGGGUUACCAGCUAAUGUACGGUAUGCUAGCCAUGAAGGAGGCGAGAUGCCAGAGUUUUAUACGCAAGAUGUGAUAUCCAGCUACGCAGAGGAGGAUCGAACAAACUCACCGUGGAUGCACCAGCAACCCAGCAAUGCGAUAACAUCUCCUUCCCUGGAGCAGUUCUAUGAGAUCACCGAGAGGCACAGCCCUCAACCCCGCCCCUCAUCUCGCUCGGGAAGACAGUCGGAUGCUACCAGGAGAUCUUCCCCAGUCAGAGGAUACAUCCCCGAUGAGGUGGCAGCUGUCAUGAGAAACAGCAAUUCACCUGGCAGUAACAAAGAGAAAACGGUGAAGUUUGAGGCAGUGGUGGACCUUGCCAAUCAAGUUGGGGACCAGCUGGCACUUCAAAAAGAAAAACUUACUCCAGAGCCUCGUCAUGGCUACAGGCAGCCUACGCUGAAGGUUGCCCAUCCCCGACCCCAGUCGGCCAAGACAGCUUCUCCAACAUCACCUCCUCCUGAGAGAGGACCUCCAAUCUCCACUUCUGGCAUAUCUCUAGCUGACCCGUCAAAGAUCUUAUUUGCACCUCCAAAUAGUAGCAGGCAGUCAACUUGCAGUUCUGGUGAUUUCACGCCACGUACCAAGAGAGGCGACCCGAUCAUUCUACUUCCAGAGUCAUCUCAGUAUACAGUGCACUUCAGAAAGAACGAACGAGGCCUCACAGACCCCUACAUUCCCUAUGCACUCAGCAAGCAAGGGAAAGUGGUACCAGACCAGCAACGGUACAAAUGGAGAGAUGAUGGCUUUGGAAACCCAACUUAUUAUCAAGUCCGCAGUCGAGCAAGCAGUGCACCAGGGAACCGUAACCUAAGAUCAGCAGGUUCAUCUUCUUCAGGGUACCGUCCAAGAACUGCCACUGAGCCCUCGACAAAACAUGAAUGGAGCAAACCAAAGACUGGUGAGUCUAGUAAACAGAGAAUUCCUCAAGCAGCAAGCCAUACUACUGUCUCCAUAGGUCCCCAGUCAUUAGCCUCCAUGAUGAUGAUUCAACACCUAGGGAAUGACAACAGACGGGGAAGGACAAGAAUGGGUGGUCCUGGCUACUACUUAGAAGAGGAGUUUGAAGCAUCACCCCCGUCUAUAGAGUAUAUGUCAUUUACUGGACCUGCAAAACUGACAACACGGGGCCAAGGUGAUAAGCCUCUAAGCAUCCCAACAGACGAGUGUCAUCUCUCGGAUACAUCCGCCCUGAAUCCACCCUCACAAACAUCUCAACUGGAAAGCCUCCCCAGCCAGGAAUGGUACAAGCAAGGCAGCUCAGGGGGAGUAACAGAGGGUCAGGACGUACCAUGCUCCUCGCAGGGGUAUGCCGACUCCCUCAAUGCCGGCAGUGAGAGAACGGACGACCAGUCGCUGUCUCAGGAUCUUGGAGAUAUUGACGACAUGUUGAACGACUCUCAGAACUCACAAAACUUGGGGUCAGAGAUGCAGUCGAUCGGAAGCGGCUCAGGCAACUUCGAUCACGGAAACGCCUUUGAUCACCUGGACAAUGAAGACGCUUCGAAUCCUUCUGACUCAUACAAUGCAUCUGAUCCUCAACAUCAGUCUGACAAUGAGGGCCCUCAUCCUGAUCUCCAAGAGGAAAAUUUUAACGAUGAAACACUAUCGGCUGAUAUCAAAUCAGAUUUUGUUGGGGAAUUUGCAGAAAUGGAAAAUCAGAAUGGGAUUUCUGAGGAUGUUGAAGCGGAUGCUGACCAAUCAGUGAACAGUCCAUCUAUUGAUCAUGAAGAUCAAGGAGCCAAUGUUGAGAGCAGUGAUCCUUCGGAGGGCCAUGCUGAGGAAGACGCUCAAAGUGAGAAAUCCACAGACGCAGAUUUCAACACUGACAUUCCGUCCGAGGACAGCAUGAAUAUUGACAUGGCUGAUGAGUCUAAUGAAUCCAUUACCACUCAUGAGGUGCAUUUUCAGGAUGAAAUUAACGGUCACCAGGAAGGAAACUGUGAUGAAGAGAUAAGACAAGCACCUGACCAAAUUCUGAACCGCCACUUCCUAGCUGUUACCCGUGACAGCGUGGACCGACCCAAAUCAGCUAACCCAAGACUGUACGGCCAGGGCAAGGAAGGACGGAACCAUCAUGGUGGGAAGGGGAGACCUGCCUCGGCUGAAGUGGGUGUGCGUUCUGUUUUCACCAUUGAGAUUGAUGGAUCCAGAGGGAAUCCUUCUUCAAGAUCAAUACAAACUGUUCCAAUAGCUUACAUGUCCCUCACCAACGACCACCGGAAUCAGCUGCAGCAACGCACCUUACCUCUUGUAGACCAAAGAAGACCUCAUUUUAGGGGUGCUCCACCUAUGUCCCCAGCGAUCGCAAAGAAACCAUUGACACCUCGUGGUACACCAAGGAACAGCCCAACCAUGUCUCCCAGAGGGAGUGAUAGUGGUGGCUCCCCUGCACCCAGUCGAGAUAUGUCACCAGCCGGAACCAGAGAAAAUUCUGUCUAUUCUGCGACUGGAAGUCGUAGUGACAGUCCCAUGACUAUUGUUCUCCAAGCUAACUUAGACUACCUGCAGGAGACUGGUAGUCUAGAGGCCUCAAUGCCCAACUUGAUGCAGAUGUCCCGAUCAUCGCUGUGGAGUGAAGGGCCACCUGAGCCUCCUGCCUCUGUUGAUGAUGGUUGGAGUGACAUCCAUGAAGCCACCCACGGAGAAGCCAGUCCGAUGAUGUACCAACUCACCCCGCCUGAAAUACAAAUCCAAAGACCGAGCUCAGCCCCGACCUCACGGUCAACGAGCUCACUGAGUCCCAGUAGCUCUUCGAGGCCGUCCUCGGCCCGAGUCGAUCGUACAUCGAGGUCCUACACGGAGAAGUCUCCUCUGGCUGGGAUGAACUCUUCUACUAGACCCAGGAUGGUCAGUACCUCAAAUGGGAAGGAAUGGAAAGGGAGACCUCUGUCGAUGUUUGGAGCGGCAAAAGAUGUGGAGUGGGAGGCCAAGAAAAACCAGAGAGCUCAAGAGGCUAAAACAUCAGUUAACAUCAGGGAACUGUUUGGAGGCUCAGCCGCCAAGGAGUACCGGAAGGAGUUGGAACGGCAGGAACGGGAACGAUGGGGAAAGCACCAGAGAGAUUCCAGAAGCAUGAGCAAAUUUUAUAAAGAUCAUCUGAUGAGGAAAGAGAUUGCGUUGGUUCAGCGUGAGGACAUCUUCAGUCGAGACUGGGAGAGAAGUUAUCUGUCUGACAAGAUGCUGAAAGAUCGGAUGCGACAUGACAAGAUGAGCGAGCUUAUGAGACAACAAGCCCUUGCCAAUAGAAAAGCCAUGAAUAUGCUGAAGAGGAUCGGACCCAGUGUAGAUAUAUGGGAAUUAUUCAAUGGAGGAAAGAGAGGCGUUACUAAAGCACAAAUGAAGAAGGCAGCUGUUACCAUCCAAAAGUUUGUGAGAGGUUGGGUUGUGAGGUCAAUGCUAGAAAAGGUCAAACAGAAGUCUCGAGUGCAUGCAGGUUCAUUCAAGGGUUUUGUCAAGUACUACAACCAACUGAUGAGAAGGAUUGCUCGCUGGCAUGGAGUCAAGAAACCAAUGAUUCAUCUGGACCUGUGGCAGAUGGAUGCAUUUAUGGAUCGCAAGAGAUAUUAUGAGUACGUCUUUGCCAAGAGGGCUCAUCCCGGUGACUCCAUUACCAUCAAAGAUCUUGAUGGAUUCUUCAAGGAGUGUGAUCAUUUCCCGUCCAAACGAGAGAUAUUCAAUGCCAUCUCAGGCGCUACAAAGAAGGAUGGCAAGAAGUUGGACAGUAAACUGACAGAGAAAGAAGUGAUUGAGAUUACCUUCAUGAUCUACGUACCUCAAGGAAGUAAUCUAAGACUUGAAGACACAAGGAAAUCCACCUGGCUCAAUCCACUUGUAGAUGGCAAGGAAGCUAAGAAACUCAUGGGGAGUGAUAGUGUAGAGAAAGCAGAAUACGCCAAGUCUCUCCAAGUGGUGUUUGCUGCCUUCCAAGAGAGGCAAGAAAAUGAAGCUAGAAUCAAGAAAAUAGAACAGAAGAGGAAAGAGGACGAAGUGGCAGCUGGAGGUGCAGAAAAUGACAAGAAGAAAUAACAAGCAUUGUAUUGGGGGGAUUCCCCCUGUCUGAAUCCUUACAACCUUUGGCACUUAAAAUUACUGGAACUGGAACUGUGGUCCAGGGUUAAAUUCAAGGCCUGCUGGUAUGCGCAUUAUAAUAUAAACGCUGCUCUUUAAAUUCUAAUGUCAAAAUGCUGUAAAAUGCACAGUUCAAAUCCCACCACGGCCCAAUUUCAUAGAGCUGCUAAGCACAUAACUUUUCCAAGCAUGAAAUU